AUGUAUUUCUUAUCGCACACGCUGAGAGUAUGUUACUUCUCAAUCUUACUUGAGCUACUACAUGGUUAUCUAUUAUUUGCUGCGAAUUUAGAAGAUUUCCAUACAAUUGCUAAGAAAUUAGUGCCCGCACAGUUUGUCGAUUCUUUAGCCAAAAUUGCUGCAAACCCUUCUCCACGAGAUAGAGAUUACGAUUAUGAAGAUGCUAACAAAUAUGAAAAACAACACGAAAUCAAUGAUAAAAAAAACAAUAAACACAUACAAAGUGGGCAAAAAGGAUUCAAAUUUAGCAAAAUUCGCUUAGACAAUGAUGCUACGAUAGAUUUUGAAGAACUAGUGGAAAGAGUGAAGAAACGUCUAGAAAAGGAACUGCGAGAAAAAUAUUCUAAAUAUAAACAAACUAAAUUCAAUAACUUUGAGAAGAGACGAGAAACUACUAAAGCGGAAAUAGAUUAUAUAAAUUCUCAGAAACAAACUCAACAAGAAUCACAUGAAAGAUCUGAAUAUAUAGAAGAAAUGACAGACAGACCGACAAAACGUGACUCUAAUGUACAUAUAACAGUUAACACAGAGAAAUAUGAAUACGCAGAUGCUUUAAAAACUACAUAUAAUAAAAACAAAAGGAUACACAAAGAUAAAAUUAAUGCAAAACAUGAAAAAGAUUAUGAUGAAUUCAAAAAAAUUGAAAUGAUGGAAAAAGGUAGCUACGAAGACUAUGAACCACCAGUGAAAGAUGCUAAUGUAUAUUCUAGCAACGAAAACAAGAGAUUUAAAAUAAAGCAAAGUUUGAAAUUUAGCAAAAAUCCACCAAAACCUAAAAUAUUUGAAGAUAGACCAAUAAUUGAGGAAAAAUCUAAAAUUAAUAAACCAAAUUAUGAUGACGAUGAGAUUGAAGAGGUUAAAGCUCGAACUGAAAAUAUAGCUGACGAUGAUAUAUCAACAGAGAAAUCUAACGUGAAGAAAAAAUCGCAUUUAAGUACUUUUAUACCAACACGUGAAAGAUAUACAAUGAUCACACCUAAUUAUGUUUCACCGAAGCCAGCUGAAAGGUACGAUUUUGAUGAGCCUCUCCCAGAAAAAGAUAGGGAAAGAGAACAUUUGAAGUACUUCGGCAAUCCACCGGCGAAAAUCAAUAAAAAAGUUCGCUUGAUA